UACCGUAGAUGAAGGUCAAACACACAAACCAAUGAACUCGACCACAGAAGAUCACUUCUUCUGUUUUUAGCCUAUCCAUCUAUAAUAUCUUCAGUGGUGUGUGUGCUCUUCCCAAGACUCCACAGACACUCGCACUUUCACCUUCACUGUGUGCAUAAUCAAUGGCGAUGCCUAUUGUAGACACCGAAUACCUUAAACAGAUUGAUAAAGCUCGUCGGGAGCUUCGUGCUUUUAUCGCCAACAAGAAUUGCGCACCAAUCAUGCUUCGAUUAGCGUGGCAUGAUGCUGGAACAUACGAUGUGAAUACGAAAACCGGAGGUCCCAACGGUUCGAUUAGAACAGAGGAGGAGUAUAGUCAUGGCUCUAACAAUGGAUUGAAGAUUGCUAUCGAUUUUUGCGAGGAAAUAAAGUCCAAACAUCCAAGGAUUACUUAUGCAGAUCUAUAUCAGCUUGCGGGAGUUGUUGCUGUGGAGGUUACUGGUGGCCCUACUGUUGACUUUGUUCCUGGUAGACAGGACUCAACGGUCUCUCCCAAGGAAGGCAGACUCCCAAAUGCUACCAAAGGUGCACCACACUUGCGGGACAUAUUUUACCGCAUGGGUUUAUCUGACAAGGAUAUUGUAGCCCUAUCUGGAGGACACACCCUUGGAAGAGCACAUCCUGAAAGAUCGGGCUUCGAAGGCCCUUGGACUAGGGAGCCACUGAAAUUCGAUAACUCAUACUUCAUUGAACUUCUGAAAGGCGAAUCAGAGGGGCUACUAAAACUUCCUACAGACAUCGCAUUGCUGGAUGAUCCUGCGUUCCGUCCUUACGUUGACCUGUACGCCAAGGAUGAAGAUGCAUUCUUUAAUGACUAUGCAUUAUCACACAAGAAACUCUCUGAAUUAGGAUUUACACCAAGCUCUAAAACAGUAAUUAAGGACGGAGUCGUAUUGGCGCAAAGCGCUGUUGGUGUUUUGGUUACUGCUGCUGUGGUGAUUCUGAGCUACCUCUAUGAAGCCCGCAAAAAGACCAAGUGAUUAAAAUGUCAAACAUGAAACAAGGUACAACUUUCUAUGCAGGGGAUACAGGUUACUGUGCUAUUAUUGUUAUGUUCUAAACUCCAGACAACUUGACUUUGGGUUUGAUUAGUUAAUGGACUCAUACACAAUAUACUAAUGUGUACGUACUUAAAUUCCUUUGUGUUGGGUUUAUUAAUAUAACCUAGUUUUAAAUCUG